GAUUUUCAGCCUUUUACAGUUCGUGUACUCAGUCGGAACUAUUUGAGGGGUGGGACGCGCUUCCGGAAGCUGUCAGCUGUGAACACCGCAUCAACUGCAAUGAAUUUUGAGUGGCCCUGGCAAUAUAAUUUCCCACCGUUUUUUACGUUACAGCCAAAUGUUGACACGAGGCAGAAGCAGCUGGCGGCCUGGUGCUCGCUGGCUCUGUCCUACUGCCGGCAUCAAAAGCUCUACACCCUGGACGUCAUGGAGGCGCAGGAAAGCCCCGUGUUCAACAACAAGAAGAUAGAACUCCCAGGAAAGCUAUCAAUGGAAGCUAUCCAGGUUGUGUUUGAGGAACUGAGGAAAAAAGGGAAUCUCGAAUGGCUUGACAAAAACAAGUCUCGGUGUUUAGUCAUGUGGAGACGACCGGAGGAAUGGGGCAAGUUGAUCUACCAGUGGGUUUCCAAAAAUGGCAUGGUCAACUCGGUUUUUACACUCUAUGAGCUGUCCAAUGGCGAUGACACAGAAGGGGAAGAGUUCCACGGUUUAGAGGAGUGGAUGCUGCUGCGCUCCUUACAGGCGUUGCAGACGGACGGCAAAGCAGAGAUCAUCACCAUGGAUGACGGAAAAGGGGUCAAAUUCUUCUGAAACGCUGCUGGAAUCCACACAACGUACUCUGCUGGCACAUUGGGAGCUGCGGCCAUCCGAUGCUGCACCGGGGGCCACCUGGACGCGCCGCCCUGUAGUUGUUGUCGUUGCCUUUUGGUUCAAAGCCUCCUCUUUCUGGAAGAGAACCAUUAUCAUUUCUGUGUGUCUGGGUGGGGGUAAAAAAAGAGCUGUCACCGGUGACAUUUGUUGCCAUUUUAAAACAUGCAAUGAGUAUCAGGGGACUAAUUUGUAUCGUAUCUGAGUUCUUAAAGGGGAAAGCUUUCCCCAAAAGCUGUAAACUUAACGUCUUCAUUCAUGUUUAAUGCAACUAGUUUUAUUUCCAUUCUCUGUGUUAACAUGUUUACUGUGUCGAAUUAGCCGUGGAGCCUAGCUUAGCCGUUCUUCCUCCGUUCCAACCACACGUCCCGAAGAAAUCCCACAACUCAACACCAGAGGGACUUUGCACUCUCAGCAUAAACACUUCCAGCAGAGGAGCGCCACAGAGACUUCAGCCAAACCUGGUUUGAGUGUAAUAUCAUAGGGCACUUCAUGUGCGGAUCACUAUCAUCCCCUCAUUGUGCUGUGGCUAGUCUGGCACACCUGUUUUGUCUCUCUCUUUCUCUCUUUUUUGUCCAGAUUCAACCUCUUUUUUUUCAUAUCCAGUAGGAAAAUAAAUUAGAAAUUUGUUACA